AUGGCUAAUUCACCCGAUUCCUUCCUCCAGGUUAGAGUUUCAGAAUCGCAAAGGAAAGCUUCUCAUUACAUGGUGCAACAGAUGGAACAUAGUGCACACAAGGAAUCCAUUGAUGAAUAUCAAUUGGACCAGUUGGAACAUUUGCUUUCAGUGGAGAUUAGUACGUUACCAUGCUUGGCGUUGAUAGAGCAGCAGCCCGAGAUCAGAUUGAGCAUGAGACCUUUGCUCCUUGAUUUUUUAUUGGAAGUGAUCACCAUCCUCAAUCUCUCGAGAUCCACGUUCCCCUUUACAGUCAAUUUGAUUGACCGUUAUUGCUCAACGAGGAUUAUCAAGAAGCAACAUUACCAAUUGUUGGGGCUUACGUGUUUAUGGAUUUGCUGCAAGAAUCUCGACUCAAAGCAUAAGGUGCCUUCGUUGGACGAUUUGAGUAAAAUUUGCGUUGGUGGCUACUCCAAAGGCUUAUUCAUGGAGAUGGAGAAACACAUAUUAAAGUCGUUGGACUGGGUUGUUUACAGCCCCACAUGUGAUUCAUUUGUGGAUUUAUUCCUCAAUUUGCUCACCUCUCUUGACGACACAAACGCACAAAUCAUCAAGACGUCCUACCACAAGAUCAAGGUUUCUGCUUAUUAUCUUGGCGAACUAUUCCAAUUCUACCCAAAUAUAUACUUUGACUAUACAUCAUCGCAAGUUGCGAUUUUGGCUACAAUGUCAAGCAUUUCGCAGUUGAAGCUCCCAAUAAAUUUGAUGUAUAUUCUACAAUUUUACAACUUCUACUCAACCGCCCCAUUGAGCAUUGAGAGUUUCCAGCAAGUAUUUAGAAACAUUCGGUUUUUGAGUGUACCAAAUAGUUUACAAAAGAAAUACUCGCACCAACCUAUUCAUCAAAGAAAUAUGCCAAGAACCCCUAGAAUGGCCAUGCCUAGAACUCCUGGCCCAAGUCCUUUAGGGAACCCAGAAAGAAAAAGGCGCGAGGAGUUGGAAUCGCAAAGUAUUGUUGUGAAAAGAAGAAGAAGUUGUAUAGAGGAAAUAGAAUAA